AUGAAGUUAGUUAUAUGUGUAAUCGUUGAACGAGAUCUUGAGGCUUUGCUUCUUACUGAACAAAAUUUGGGUCGUGGAUAUUGGUUUCCAUUCGAUGAAAUUCAACCGGGUGAAACUCGAACUCUUGCUGCUAAGAGAAUAGCGAAUAAAAUCGGCCCACAUGAUUUUGAUCCAAUAUGUGUACUGAAAAUUCGAUGCAGUGAUUUGCUACCAUGUUUACCCAGCACACACACGUAUUAUCUACUCACUAAAAGUUCAUUGAUACGUGCUAAUGUACCUAAUACAGUGAAAUCAGUAUGGAUGAAUUUAGAACGGAUAAAUAUGGCAAUUAAAAAUCGAGAACUACUUGGACUUGAACCGUAUAAUGUAUUAAAAACUAUUCUUGAACGACAACAAACAAAUGGAUGGGAUAAAUUAUCAUCUGGUGGGAAAAUAUUUGAGGAGCCAACAUUUCAAGUAGUUGAUUUUCAACAAACUGGUUUAACUAAUCUAGCAAGUUCUUCGCCACUCGAGCAAUUAAUAAGUUCAGCUAAAUUCACAAACAAAGUUCAAGAAUCUAUUUUUAAAGAAUUCUAUUCAUAUACAUUUCCAAGUGAACAUAUGAGUUUGAAAGCAUUCACUGAAGCAAUGGAUAAUAAAUUAUCAACGACAGAAAAAAGUAAAAUUCAAGCUUAUUUUCGUGCAUUCGAUUCGCAAAAAAAUUCAUAUUUAACUUAUACGGAUUAUUUGAUCGGAUUAGCUGCGAUGGAUCCAAAUACUUCACAUGGAGGAACACCGGCAGAGUUACGUUGUCGAUACAUUUUUCGUUUUUAUAAUGCUAAAAAUACAGGACUUAUGUCAAUAGAAGAAUUUCGAGCUCUUCAUACAGAUGUGCAAAGUCGAAAAAUCGGUAAAUCAAAUGAUGAUCCUACAUUAAACAAUGAAAUUCUAUCGACAUUCAAUUCUUUUAAUCUACAACCAAGUAAUCAACUAGCGUUAGUAGACUUUUUAAACUCAGUUGGACAAUUAAAAUAUCGUGGUACAUCAGUUCUAUUUCGUCUUACUGCAGUUACACAAGAUCUAUUACGAAUGUCUAGACGAUAUAGAGAUAAUCAGAAUGAUCGAAGUGAAGACAACAUCAAUUAUGAAAUAGCUGAUCAUUGUGUAACAUUGAAAAAAUCUGGCACACUCUACCAAGUUGAAUCGUUACGUGCUAUGAAUUAUAAUACUCAAUUUAGCAAAACUACAGAAGAAAAAUUGAGAAGUUUACCACGAUCACUAUCAGAAGAAAUAUUCGAUCGAAGAACAACUGCUACCGAUAUUCAAGAAAUGUUACGUUUAUUUGAAAAGCAUGAUCAUACAAAAGAUGCAUUAGUGUGGUCACCUUAUUCAACGAACCAGUUAGGUAGAACUGUCAUUACUCUAUGUAAAGAAGUUCGGGAAAUGAUAAGAUGUGAACCACGUUGUCUUAAAUUAUCAUCUCCAUGUUAUAUUCUUGGAGAUUUACAUGGAAAUUAUGAAGAUUUAAUUUGUUUUGAAAAAUGUUUAUGGCGUGCAACGCCAUUACUUGCACCAGCAUCAUUUCUUUUUCUCGGUGAUUACGUUGAUCGUGGUAUUCAUGGAUUGGAAGUUGUUAUUUACUUGUUGGCGUCGAAAUUUCAAUGUCCAAAAAAAGUUUUACUUCUUCGAGGAAAUCAUGAAAUUAGAAAAGUUCAACAAAUGUUUAGCUUUCUAAAAGAGUGUCUUACAAAAUUCGGUGAUACAUUAGGUAAAGAGGUAUGGGAUGCAAUUAAUUCUGUUUUUGAUGUUCUUCCACUUGCUGCAGUAAUUGAUGAUAAAAUUUUAUGUUUUCACGGCGGCAUUCCAAGUCCAGCUUCCUGUCCAGGCGACUUUAUUUCAAUGGUUAAUGAUAUACCGGUACCACUAAGUGAUCCAGAAAUAGAAUCCCCACUUGCAUGGGAAAUAAUGUGGAAUGACCCAUUUUCUAUUGAUAAAAAUAUGAUGCUUCAAAUACCGAAUGGUGCUAAAGCUGGAUUUUUUAAUAAUACAAGAAGAAGUACAGGCAACUAUUUUACUAAUGAAGCGCUGACGGCAUUUCUAGCGAAAAAUAAUUUUACACAUGUUGUACGCGCUCAUGAGGUGCAACAAGCAGGCUUUAAAGUGCAAUUGGGUGGUCACCUUCUGACAGUUUUUUCAUCGUCACAUUAUUGUGGUGGUACAAACGAUGCUGCUGCUGUUCUUGUUGACUCAUCAAAAUUACGGCUAAUAAGACUUCAUACAAAAUAG